AUGGCCGUCUCCUACUCCGCGCGACAGCUCUACUACGGCGGCAAGACCCAAGCAGCCACCUCCAACAAGACCUUCCAGACCAUCGACCCAGCAACCGGCGCGCACAUCGCCGACAUCCACGAAGCAUCGCAGGCCGACGCUGACCGAGCAGUCCAGUCCGCCGAAAGGGCUUUCCCAGCAUGGGCCGCCACGCCUCCAGUCCAGCGUGCCCGCAUCCUGCAACGCGCCGCCCAGCUGCUGCGCGAACGCAAUGACGAGAUUGCCACUGCCGAGACACACGAUACCGGCAAGGCGUUUAGUGAAACCAGCGUUGUCGAUGUUGCGACAGGCGCCGACGUGCUCGAGUAUUUCGCCAAUCUGGUAGGCGGCGGGGGACUGAAUGGCGAGACCGCGCAGUUGAGGGAAGACGCAUGGGUUUAUACGAAGAAAGCGCCUUUGGGGGUGUGUGUUGGCAUUGGGGCUUGGAAUUAUCCUAUUCAGAUAGCCCUCUGGAAAUCGGCACCAUGUCUCGCGGCCGGCAACACGAUGGUCUAUAAACCCAGUGAAUUUACUUCUCUCCACGGCGAGACUCUCGCCAAGAUAUACACUGAAGCCGGUCUCCCCGCUGGUGUCUUCAAUGUCGUUCACGGCGCUGGCGACAUCGGCGCAUAUCUGACUUCCCACCCAUCCGUCGCCAAAGUAUCGUUCACAGGCCAGGUCUCCACGGGCAAAAGAGUGGCUGGCAAUGCCGCCGGCGGCAUGAAGUACGUCACAAUGGAACUCGGUGGGAAAUCGCCCUUAAUCAUCCUCCCGGACGCCGAUCUCGAAAACGCCGUUGACGGCGCCAUGAUGGCCAAUUUCUACAGCACGGGCCAGGUCUGCACCAACGGAACACGCGUGUUUGUGCCCAAGACGAUGAAGUCUGCAUUUGAAAAGCGGCUGGUGGAAAAAAUGCAAUUUGUUCGAGCCGGUCUCGCUAUGGAUCCAGCCACGAAUUUCGGCCCUCUUGUCUCGCGCAUACACCACCAGAAAGUCACGGGCUAUAUUCGGCAGGGCAUCGAGACGGACAAAGCGAAACUGCUCUAUGGCGGACCGGGACAGCCAGAGAACCUGCCCAAGGAACUCCAGCAUGGAUUUUGGGUGCAACCGACCAUCUUCACCGACUGCACAGACAGCAUGACGAUAGUGAAGGAAGAAAUCUUUGGUCCGGUACUUUCCAUCCUCACGUAUGAGAGCAUCGAGGAAGCGGUGCAGCGCGCAAACGCCACUGAACUGGGUCUUGCAGCGGGCGUGUUCACCUCGGAUCUGAACCUGGCGCAUCGCAUUAUUGACCAGUUGCAGGCGGGCAUUACGUGGGUGAAUUCGUGGGGCGAGUCACCGGCUGAGAUGAGCGUGGGCGGCUGGAAGCAGAGUGGUGUUGGGGUUGAGAAUGGGCGCAGGGGUAUUGAGGCUUGGGUGCGGAACAAGAGUACGCUGGUAGAUAUGAGCAAUGCGGUGGCCACUGCGUUCGCGAAGCUGUAA